UUGGUUCCCAACUGAACAAGCAAGAUGCCAGAACAAAGCAAUGACUAUAGAGUGGUUGUGUUUGGCGCAGCCGGUGUCGGUAAAAGUUCUUUGGUUCUUCGUUUUGUAAGGGGAACUUUCAGGGAAGCAUACAUCCCGACUGUCGAAGACACUUACCGCCAGGUGAUCUGCUGUGACAAGAAUAUCUGCACCCUUCAGAUCACAGACACCACCGGAAGCCACCAGUUCCCUGCCAUGCAAAGACUCUCUAUCUCCAAAGGCCAUGCGUUCAUGUUGGUUUACUCUGUCACCAGCCGGCAGUCGCUGGAAGAGCUGGAGCAGAUCUACGAGCAGGUCUGUCACAUCAAAGGAGACAUCCAGAAGGUCCCUAUCAUGUUGGUCGGAAACAAGAGUGACGAUACCCAGAGAGAGGUGGAUGCCAGUGAAGGCGAAGUCCUCGCCAGCAAGUGGAAGUGUUCCUUCAUGGAGACGUCGGCAAAAAUGAACUACAACGUGCAGGAGCUUUUCCAAGAGCUGCUGACUUUAGAAAAGAGAAGAAGUGUAAGUCUUCAGGUAGAUGGUAAGAAAGCCAAACAGCAGCGCAAGAAAGAUAGACUGAAAGGGAAGUGCUCAGUCAUGUGAACUGCUGAGGUCUGAGCCUUCUGGGAGAUAGAAGCAUAGACUUAAACUUGCAGAACAUUCUCAUGUGCACUUGGAAAUGGCUGGGUAUUGGAGACCU